AUGUCUGAAUUAAAAAACGGUACAAGUGAACCUAAAAAAAAUGAAACCACUCAGCUGGAUUCUAAAAGUAAAUCCACCUCAGCCAACAAAUCAUCAGUCCCACCAGCAUCAUUAGUUCCAGUUCAACCUACAGCACUCACAUCUCGUGACAAGACUACUCAAAGAUUAAUUGUCGUUUUAUCUCAAGCAUGCUUAGAAACAUAUAAGAUGAAUUCUGGGGGACCAGGUGGGGAUAGAUUUGCCUUGUUAAACUGUGAUGAUCAUCAAGGAUUAUUAAGAAAAAUGGGGAGAGAUAUAGCUGAGGCAAGACCAGAUAUCACACAUCAAUGCUUAUUGACAUUAUUAGAUUCACCAAUCAAUAAAGCUGGUAGACUACAAGUUUAUAUUCAAACUGCCAGAGGUGUUUUAAUAGAGGUUAAUCCAAGUGUUAGAAUUCCAAGAACUUUUAAAAGAUUUUCUGGAUUAAUGGUACAAUUAUUACAUAAAUUAAGUAUUCGUUCAGAAAAUUCCAAGGAAGUAUUGUUGAAAGUUAUUAAAAACCCCAUCACAGAUCAUUUACCAACUAAAUGUCGUAAAGUUACCUUAUCAUUUGAUGCUGAACUUAAACGUGUUCAAGAUUAUGUGACUACUUUAGAUGAAAAUGAAAGUAUAUGUGUUUUUGUUGGGGCAAUGGCUAGAGGUAAAGAUAAUUUUGCUGAUGAAUUUGUUGAUGAAAAAAUUGGUCUUUCUGAUUAUCCAUUAUCCGCUUCAGUAGCAUGUUCUAAAUUUUGCCAUGGUUGUGAAGACGUUUGGGGUAUCUAUUAA